GCCGCCUGCAGCAGCGGCAGCACUGGCAGCGGCGGCAGCAGCAGCUGCUCCUCCCCGGCGGCCGGCCGCCCUUCCUGCCCCACCGCGGGUCCCUCCCCGGCCGUGAGAGAAGGAGGACACCGAGCCGCGCGCCGCCCGCGCCCCGCACCGCCUUCGCCUCGUCGCCCUGCCGGCUCCUCACCUUCUGGGAGGAACAUGGCAGAUAAUCUCAGUGAUACCUUAAAGAAGCUGAAGAUAACAGCUGUUGACAAGACCGAGGAUAGUUUAGAAGGAUGCUUGGAUUGUCUUCUUCAAGCCCUGGCACAAAAUAAUAUGGAAACAAGUGAAAAAAUACAAGGAAGUGGAAUACUUGAAUUGUUUGCAAAUCUGUUGGCUCCACAGUCACCCUGCACAGCCAAAGUAGCUAACAUCAUAGCAGAAGUAGCCAAAAAUGAAUUUAUGAGAAUCCCAUGUGUGGAUGCCGGUUUGAUUUCACCGCUGGUGCAGUUGCUGAACAGCAAAGACCAGGAAGUGCUUCUUCAGACAGGCAGAGCCCUAGGAAACAUAUGUUAUGAUAGCCAUGAGGGCAGAAGUGCAGUUGACCAAGCAGGUGGUGCACAGAUUGUAGUUGACCAUUUAAGGUCACUGUGCAGUAUAACAGAUCCCGCCAAUGAGAAGCUCUUGACUGUCUUUUGUGGCAUGCUGAUGAACUAUAGCAAUGAGAAUGAUUCCCUUCAAGCUCAGCUUAUCAAUAUGGGUGUGAUUCCUACCUUAGUGAAAUUACUGGGCAUCCAUUGCCAAAAUGCAGCUCUUACAGAGAUGUGUCUUGUUGCAUUUGGAAAUUUAGCAGAACUUGAGUCAAGUAAAGAACAGUUUGCUAGUACAAACAUUGCUGAAGAGCUGGUAAAACUUUUCAAAAAACAAACUGAACAUGAUAAAAGGGAAAUGAUUUUUGAAGUGCUUGCUCCAUUGGCAGAAAAUGAUGCCAUUAAACUGCAGCUGGUUGAAGCAGGCUUGGUUGAGUGUCUUCUAGAGAUUGUUCAGCAGAAAGUGGAUAGUGACAAAGAGGAUGAUACUGCUGAGCUCAAAACUGCUUCAGAUCUAAUGGUUUUAUUACUUCUUGGAGAUGAAUCCAUGCAGAAAUUAUUUGAAGGAGGAAAAGGCAAUGUGUUUCAAAGAGUGCUCUCUUGGAUUCCCUCAAAUAACCACCAGCUACAGCUUGCUGGAGCUUUGGCCAUUGCAAAUUUUGCCCGAAAUGAUGGAAAUUGUAUUCAUAUGGUAGACAACGGAAUUGUAGAAAAACUCAUGGAUUUAUUAGACAGACAUGUAGAAGAUGGAAAUGUGACUGUGCAGCAUGCAGCACUAAGUGCCCUCCGAAACCUGGCCAUUCCAGUUGUAAAUAAAGCAAAGAUGUUGUCAGCCGGAGUCACAGAGGCAGUUUUGAAAUUCCUUAAAUCUGAAAUGCCCCCAGUACAGUUCAAACUUCUGGGAACAUUAAGAAUGUUAAUAGAUGCACAAGCAGAAGCUGCUGAACAACUGGGAAAGAAUGUUAAAUUAGUGGAGCGUCUGGUGGAAUGGUGUGAAGCCAAAGAUCAUGCAGGUGUGAUGGGCGAAUCCAACAGACUGCUCUCUGCCCUCAUACGGCACAGUAAAUCAAAAGAUGUAAUUAAAACCAUUGUGCAGAGUGGUGGCAUCAAGCAUCUAGUUUCCAUGGCAACUAGUGAGCAUGUAAUAAUGCAGAAUGAAGCCCUUGUUGCUUUGGCACUAAUAGCAGCUUUAGAAUUGGGCACUGCUGAGAAAGAUCUAGAAAGUGCUAAACUUGUACAGAUUCUACACAGAUUGCUAGCAGAUGAAAGAAGUGCUCCUGAAAUAAAAUACAAUUCCAUGGUCCUGAUCUGUGCUCUCAUGGGAUCUGAGUCUCUACACAAGGAAGUUGAAGAUUUGGCUUUCCUAGAUGUUGUAUCCAAACUUCGUGGUCAUGAGAACAAGAGUGUUGCCCAACAGGCCUCGCUUACAGAGCAGAGACUGACUGUGGAAAGCUGAGACGUGCACCAUCAUCCUAUCUCUGAGAUCCCCUCUAGUCCUCUGUCCAGCUGCCCUCCUCUUCAUUCUCUACCAUAUCACUUGUGCAUGCGUGUAACGUUCCCAUACCAAUGGAAGAACUGCUGUAGGUACAUGCCUAGUAAGAUUUCUAAACACAUAGUUAGUGUGAACACGGCUUUGUCAAACAAGUCUCCACCCAUAAUAUGGUUCUCUUGUACUCCUGUUGCUUGAACUACAUUAACUAGAAUGUGCAUGUUGCAAACCUAUGAUGAUAUAAACUUGGUACUACAUGAUGACUUGCUCCUCACUUGCAGUAAGCUACAUAAUACUGUACUGGUAAAUUAGAAACCAAGAAUGCAGCAGGACCUGUCUAGCUAAUUAAGAUGAAAUUGAAUAGUAUAAAUAGCUCCAUUUUUUUGGUGCUUUCGGAAGCACAGUGACCAAAAAAAUUGUAUGGCUGUACACUCAUUAAUCUUACCUACAAAUGUCAAACCCCUGGUACCUAGCAUUGAAUAAAAUUCCAGUGCUCUCAAUCUUUACCCUAUGAUUUCUCCUUUCUCCUAGCAAUAGGCAACUGAAAUAGCCAAAAACUUGGCAAGACAUACUAAGGUUUCUGAUGCCAUUUCGUUGGCUGUCUUAAUACUCUGAAAAUUACAAAGGUUUUCAACAUCAACAUGAAACUAGGAGUUGAAGAACCUCUAACACUGGAGCAUUCAGUUACUACCUAUAUUUUAGAUUCUGGUACAUGUGCAGUCUCAACUCAGUAUCUUCUUCCAUCAGUUAAUCAGCAUUGUCAAGCACUUGUCUUUAAAACUCACUUGGUACUAGUCUUCAGGUGAAAGUGUAGCUCACUGAAAAAUGGAUUUGUGUGUGUGUGUGUGCUGCUGUUCAUUCAGUUUGCAAGUGAGAAGUUUUAUCUUGGUCCUUUUAAUCUUAUUAGGACUAGCAAGGAGGAAAGAUGAACAAAUAAACUUGUUUAAACUAAAAAAAAAAAAAAGGCAAGUUUUAAAAGCCAUAGUAGCCAGUCCAGUUCAUUCCACUGCUGGUCUCAUAUCUGUCAUUGUUAAGUGUCCACUUCCACUCUUCCAUUUAGAAGCAAGUAAUUGUAAGAAAGCAAAGACCCAAGAGAUGGGAAGACUCCCUGGGCAAAAUAGAGUAUAAUCUUCACUGCCACUACCACCACCAAAAUGGGUUUUUAAGAGCUUUAAAAUGCAGUCUUUGUAAAUUAAAGCAUCGUGUGACCUACCUGCCUUCUCCCUGUACCCAAGUUUGACCACUCUCGACCUAAAAAGCAAAAUGGCUCCAGUGUGGAAGAAAAGGACAAUAGCACAGGCUGCCCAGGAAGUGAAAGGCAUCCCAGCCUUCCAACAGGAGAAGCUGCUCCUGUCCACAGGAGCACCAAGUUGGACUUAGGACUCUACGAAAACAAUUCAGGGAAGGUCCGACCCUAAAGGAGGUAAAUCUUGACUUAUUGUUCCCUUUGAUAUCCAAAUAAGGAACUAAUGUGAGUGCUUAUGCUACACUUACUGUAAGAAUCUUGUUUGUUGUUUUUCUCCUGGACUGGAGAGUGGACUAUAUUUUACUAUAGGUUUUGAAAGACAUCUGUAAAGUUACAUAAUAGAUUGUCCAUAUUAAUAACUUAAUAAAUAAACAGUAUGAAACAA